AUGGCAUUUCCUGGCCUCCAUAUUAUCGAGCCUAAAAGUGUUCAUACUCACACCAUCCUCCUGCUCCAUCCACGUUCUAGCAAUGGUCCGGAAUUUGCUGAAGAACUUUUUUCUUCAAAAACGUCUCAGAACAAGACGCUCACGGAACAUUUCCCUAACUAUCGCUGGGUAUUUCCUACAUCUCGAGAUCGAUGGUGUUCGGCCUUUGAUAAGGAUGUAACCGCUUGGUUUGACCAAUAUUCGCUGUCAAAUACUUCUGAGAAGCAAGACCUCCAAAUCGAUGGCCUGAAAGAGUCAAUGCUAUAUGUUCUAGAGGUUUUGAGUCAAGAGAUCGACCUUCUCGGAGGAAGGUCUGAGAAAGUUGUGCUUGGUGGCAUGAGCCUAGGCAUGGCGACGGCUCUAUGGUCAUUUCUAUGCUCGCCAGGACGAUGUAAAGGAAGAAUUGGCGCUUUUAUUGGGAUGUGUGGAUGGCUUCCAUUCGCAAGUGAAAUCCACGACUUACCGUCCCCAAAGGAGAUGAUUCCAAAGUUUCUUUUGGAUACCAUUCGAUGCGAGGAGGAGGCACGAGGCAGCAUAGUGGAGACUAAAACCAUGCUAUCUACACCGGUACUACUAUUGCAUGGAACUGAUGAUGUCUUGGUUAAUGUCGAACUGGGUCGGGGGGUGCAGAGAAGUCUCUUGAAGUUGGGGAUGAAGGUUGAGUGGAAGGACUAUGUCGGAGCACCAAAGGACGGGCACUGGCUUAAGGAACCAGAAGGGUUUGAUUCUGUUGUACAAUUUUUGGAGACCGCUUUGGCAUAA